AUGAAAUUAUUUGAGUGUUUCAAUAAAACUUUACCCAUGCUUCAACAAUUUAGACUUCAACAAUGCUGUAAGCCAUGUCCGAAGCCUCAACACCUAAUAUGUUUCAAACAGUGGACUGCUGAAAUGGUCCUCGAUGUUAUUACUAGCGCCAUUAAUUUAAAAUGUAAAUAUCGGAACACACAUCAGAAAAGAAUUGAUGUCUUGAAAAAUACAAAAGUGAUGAUUUUGCAAGAGGUGAACGAGCCAAUCUUAAAUAUGGCCGUAUCAAAAGCUGCUACCCUACUCGGAGCUUUUGACGUCAAUAUUACGGAUCAAGUAGUUUGGGAUCAUGAUUAUAAUGGCAGCAUAUUCUCGUUCAUGUCCGAUGUAAUUUUCGUGUCCACCACCACACAUAUGUGCGUUCAGAGGUUCGCUGAGAAAUCCCUAGUUCCUGUCAUCUGCAUGAGAUCAAGGACCCACGCAAGCAUACAAUCUUUGGCCACUAUUAUGGCUAUAAUUGAAGAAUUUGGCAGUAUGAGAUGCGUCAACGUGUCAUAUAUGGGACCACCCCAUCCCAUACUCAACUCCUACUUACUACUUUGUCCAAUGCUGGGAGCAAACUUCAAGUUUAAAUGUUGCUGUGAGAAAUGUCCAGUGAGCCCGCUCCUUUACAAAAGCAGCGAAGAGUUGACAGCUCAGUCGGCAACGGAAGUAAAGCAGUGCAGCGAUAAAAACGAUGUUUUGAAAAAUACGUGCGUCGUCAUCGCUGGUCCAACCACAAAGCAUAGGGAUAAAAUUGAACUAUUUAAAUUUUCGAUUGAAGAUAUACAAAGAAAUACGUGCUGUAGCUGGUUGUUCUUCCACACGUGUCCACGUGGCGAGGAGGUCGACGACAAGCUAUUCUGUCAUUUAAAUUCUAGAACUUUCAACGCGAUUGAGAACAUGCAUUACAUUGCGGCCGCAUUGAUGGCUAAUGCAGUAAAAGGAUACAAAUUUUAGA